CUGGAGGUCAUCCUCACCCUGUUCGGCUUCAAGCUGCUCUACCCCGACAACUUCCACCUGCUGAGAGGUAACCACGAGACGGACAACAUGAACCAGAUGUACGGCUUCGAGGGGGAGGUCAAGGCCAAGUACACGGCCCAGAUGUUCCAGCUGUUCAGCGAGGUUAUGCACGGGGGCCUGUUCAGCGAAGACGGCGUGACACUGGACGACCUUAGGAAGAUCGAGAGGAACAGACAACCUCCAGACUCAGACCCGCAGCCACAGAACGGCCGGUCGGUCAGCAAGCGAGGCGUGAGCUGCCAGUUCGGCCCGGACGUGACGGAGCGCUUCCUGGAGCAGAACAAGCUGGACUACAUAGUGCGGAGCCACGAGGUCAAAUCCGAGGGCUACGAGGUCACUCACUCAGGGAAGUGCAUCACCGUCUUCUCAGCGCCCAACUACUGUGAUCAGAUGGGAAACAAAGGAGCGUACAUCCACCUCAGGGGAUCCGACCUCAAGCCAGAAUUUCACCAGUUCACUGCUGUGGUAUUUGCCCCCUCUUUUCUUUUGGGAUGGGUCACACGGGUCCAUUGUUCCCACAGAGUUCGGUUCAGAUUUGGUUCGGCAUAA